AUGGAAUUUCCUGGAAUUCCUUCAUUAUUUCUGCCAAUUGAUGGUGUCCAAAAACAAAAUAAAACACUUAACAACGAAAACCCAGCUACCCAAAAUACACCAAAAGAUGUCAAUGAACAGAACACAAUUUUGUGUCGAAACGCCACUGAUUAUGUUUCGGCACAUUCACUUCCAAAAGAAACCAGUGAUUUAAUUAUUAGUUUAAUCGAAGCACUUAAACAAACAAUUCCUCAAACAGAAAACCAUGACAUCGAACCUGUUCCCGACGUAAAUUCAUCAAAACAAAAUAUUCCAUUUAACAAUGACUUGAUUGACCUUUCAAAAGAACAAAGUAAAAAAGAAAAACAUAUUAAAGAGAACGUUGAAGUUGACUUCUUACCGCAAUUCAAAACCGAAAUUCCUUCCCUUUUGGCUCAAAUCGUACAAAAAAACUCAUUCAAAGAGCUGUAUUACAGCACUUCAUUUUUAAGUCAAAAUGUAGUGCACGACGCAAUUAGAGGACAAAACAAUGUUUGUGUCAUAAUGAAGACUAUUGAAAAAAACAUAUUUGCACUGUAUUUCUCUCAAAUUCCAUUUAAAGAACAAGACGAUUUUGUUAACGACAGGUCAUUCCACAUGUUUCAGUUCUACAGUAAUGGAAUACAUGUGUUGCGGGGGUGGAAGAGAGUUGGAGAUAAUUCACAAGCGGGAUGUGACUUUUCCAAGGACAUGAUGAGUCUUGGCGAAAUCCUUCGAGUCUUUUGUGGGAUAACUCUUUAUAAAAACAAGAAAAUCGAAUUAGAUGAAGAGUUUAAACAGUAUUAUACACCAGAAAUUGGGUUUGAAAACACAAUGGAAACUGAUAUGGAUAAAAAUGGAAACACCAUCUCGGACCUACUUAUCGUUCAGCUUUGUUAA